AUGUCACUUGUCAUACCUGAAUAUCCCCCUAUAUACUCUAGUCCCCUCGAGAUACAGAACUUUGUGCUCCGUCGAUUUUUCCUUGACGCUCAGUUCUCUAAGUGGGAAAUGGCUAUCCACAAGAAUCUUGCACUCCACAAGAGGAAUCAGAAGAAAAGACAUGAUAAACCGGUGUCUCCUACUGUGAAGAACAUCGGACAAAAGAAAAACGUUUGGGAAAUACCGAGGAAAUUGUUUCAUUCGUCAAUAGGCUUUCCAGUUCUUUACUUAUACUCCACGCACGCAGAUGCCUUGGCAAUCAGAAAUGUCCUCGCUAUCUUGUUCGUCAUGGGAAUAACGGCGGAUCUCCUUCGCUUCAACAUCCAAUGGUUUAAUACCAUAUACAUCAAGAUAUUUGGAUUUCUUAUGAGAGAGGUCGAGAAACGUGACAAGAUCAACGGAGUGGUGUUCUAUCUCGCUGGGUGUAUUUUGGUUUUAUCGAUAUUUCCUCAGGAUAUAGCGGCCAUAUCAAUCUUAAUUCUAUCCUGGUGUGACACCGCUGCUUCUUGCUUUGGCCGUGCAUUUGGACAUUUGACGUAUAAAUUCUCGAGUGGUAAAUCGGUGGCAGGGACAUUGGGUGCCAUCCUCACUGGAUGCUUGGCCGCUUACGUGUUCUGGGGUGGUUGGAUAGAUCAUAAAGACAUCGUCCGAACGCCCAGCUGGCAGCCCGAGAAGAGCGUGUUGUCAUUGCCCGUCUUGAUUCUGUUGACUGGGAUUAUUGGGGGGUCGAGUGAGCUAGUUGAUGUCUGGGGAUUGGAUGACAACUUUGUCAUUCCGGUAGUUGCAGGAUGUUUGUUAUGGGUUAUUUUAAUCGGCUUUGGGUUUGGUGGUAUAUGA